CCCAAUUUUCACCCAUCUAUGCUGUCCCCAACCUACUUCCUUUCCUGACCAUCAAUUUCGAUCUCCGACGUUGUUUUGGGCGGAGGAAGCAAGAACUCGACGAGCGUCCCGGCCGGAGGGCUGAUAGAUAGGCCACGCAGUCAGAUUCUCUGAUCGGAGAAUCCACGAAAACGAUGAAUCGACUUUUGUGGAUUCCGCUGCUGAUUCUGGGUCUGAUGGCAUCUCACUGCUACGCUCAGAAUUGUUCCGGUCACGUCUUCUCCAACAACGCCAGAUUCGCCGCCUGCAACAAUCUCCCCGUCCUCAACUCCUUCCUCCACUGGACCUACCACAGCGGCAACCACACCGUCGACAUCGCCUACCGCCAGACCAAUGUCGCCGCCUCCACCUGGGUGGCUUGGGCACUCAAUCUCGUCGGAACGAAGAUGCCCGGCGUGCAGUGCCUGGUGGCCGUUCCUAACGCCGCCGGCGGCUUCCGCGCUUACACUUCCCCUGUCUCCGGCUACUCCACUCAGCUUGCGCAGGGCAAUCUGAGCUUCGGCGUUCCCAGACUCUCAGUCCAGUCCGCCAACCAAGAGGUCGUCAUAUUCGCCACCCUCGUUCUCCCUGCCAACCGGACCAGUUUCACCACCGUCUGGCAAAGGGGGCCCUUCUCCGGCAACACCCCUGGAAUUCACGCUAUGACCAACGCCAACAAACAAUCUAUUCAGAUAGUCAAUUUCGCCACAGGCCAGACCACCGCCGGUGGAACUGGAGUCACGUCUGUUAUGCGCAGAAGAAACAUUCAUGGUGUGUUGAACGCCAUCAGCUGGGGUAUACUGAUGCCCAUAGGCGCGAUGAUUGCAAGAUACGUGAAGGUGAUCCCAUCAGCCGACCCGGCCUGGUUCUAUCUACACGCUGCCUGCCAAUCCUCCGGCUACGUCAUAGGCGUAGCCGGUUGGGGCACGGGACUAAAGCUGGGUUCAGAAUCCAAGGGAAUUACCUUCAAGACCCACAGAUGCAUCGGCAUCAUCCUCUUCUGCCUUGCCACUAUUCAGUUAACCGCGUUGUUUUUGAGACCGAAAAAGGACCACAAAUAUCGACCGCAGUGGAAGUACUUCCAUACCAUCGUGGGGUACACGACGAUUGCGCUGAGCAUCACCAACGUGUACAAGGGAUUUGAUGCAUUGGGCAGGGAGGAUAAUUGGAAGAAGGCGUACACCGGGGUGAUCAUUGCCUUAGGCGUUGUGGCUGUUCUCUUGGAAGCCUUCACAUGGUACAUUGUGUUGAAGAGGAAGAAGAGCGAGGAUAAACGGAACACCAGCUAUGAAGGCAACAGACACAAUCCUAGCACAGUCUAGCUGCAUAAUACAUUCCUUAGAUGAUUAUUACUGUCUAUGUAUACACGCAUUGAUCUUUGUUAUUGAGGCCGCAGUAGUUUUACAUGUUCCAUCUUAGCUGCGCUUUUUGCUUAUUUUCCCCCCUUUUGUGCUAUAUACAUAUUCUUGGGGUUAGCUGCGGUGUGUUAGAAUCAUUUUUUAUGUAUGACUUCAGUAGUCUGGAGACUUUGAUUUGGAUUUUGGAGUAAUAUCUUAGCACACUGAUGAUCCCGUGAAAUACUCUUGCUUGCUUUAUUUUUUUUAGUAUCAAUCUUUUUUAUGUAUGAUUUUGGGUUAUUACCUUGGCACAUUUUUUGUUUGGCUUGGUCUUAUACGCG